GGACAUGAUUUCACCCCUUAUUGAAACACACCCUGAAGACUUCACGGAGCAGUAGCUCAGUUUCCAGUCGUGGCUUCCAACGAAGGCCACAUCACCGCCUGCAGAUACGUUUACCUUCCGAAGCCUCCCUGCUAUCCGUAGGAGCCAGACAGGAAAAUACAUCUUUAUUGUUUUAGAAAUGAGAAAACUGAGGAUCAGAGGUUACCGCAGCACAAAUCUACCGCCUCACAAACUUGGAACCAGUUUCUCACUAACUGCGAUCCCACACUCACCCUCACGCCCCUGGCCACCCACCCGGAAACCCACCCGCUUCCUCCCGUACCCUGCCCCCCAUGCACACACCCCCAAGCGCUCUGCAAGUCCCAGGAGAGGAUCCCAAUCCCUUGGGCCUCCCCAGCCCCUUCGCAGGCGACGCGAAUCCUCCCCGAGAGACUCACUGGUCAGGCUGAGGACCCAGAAGCCCAAGACCCAUAGAGCGGAAACCGAACUCACCCGCAGACAAAGAAGACGAUGGCGAGCCAGAGCGCCUGCGCCUGCGCACUGCUUGGGCGAGCUGCACUCCCAGCGGUCUCUGCCAGCUUCGGCUCAGAGCCCCGCCGAGCCAACCGCUGUCGGCCCGUCCUCCACUUUUGCGCCUGUGGACUACAUUUCCCAGAAGUUUCAGUGUUUCGAGUCAGCUUUUCCCGGGAACUUUCUUCCGCCGGAGCUUGGAGGACCGUCUCCGCGGUCGGGGCAGGAGUGUAAGCAGGACUCAGAACAUUAUACCUGUGUUUGACCCCUGGGAGAGGGCAGCGGUGCCAAGGGGUAAGAUAAACUCUAGAAACAGUAAUCGCACCUGUAAUUCCUGCGCUGAGUCAGGAAGAUCGCAAAUUCGAGCCUAGCUGGAGCAAUUUUGUGAGUAAGCAAGAUACUGUCUCAAAUAAAAAAUUUCAAAGGCCUCUGAGGAUGUAGUUCAGUGCAGAGGCCCUGGGUUCAAUCUCCAAUACUGCACACAAUGGUAAUAGCUCAGAGUCGCUGGGCAGACUUUAUGAAAAGAGCGCGGGAGUGGGACAGUCUUGGGCACCCUCUGCUCCAAGGUGUCCCCUGAGCUACGUUCCCCGGAGGGCGCAGAGUCCUCAGUCUCCGAAGAGAGCAGCCUGACAGUCAGCGCGGCCUCUACCUAGUGCACGAUCCUGGGCUCUUGUAAGGCUGGAGUCUGUCUUUGCGUCGAGCAAGUACUCUUUCUGAAAAAGCCUUUUUCUUCUAGCUGUACUUUCCCUUUCCUGAGCAAUACCCUCACUUUUUGUCUCGGUGGCGUAGCUGGGGUGGGAAGAGGGCUCUCGAACCUCGAAGGCACGUUUUUGGGGCUGUAUUCAAAUAGGUUAAUACAUUCGGAUUUGUUAGAGGGUGGCGCUAGAGGCACAAAUUCUGGAUACUUUGUAAAAGCCCACUCUUUUGAAAGCUCUGAUUUCAACACUCUCUCCUCUUCUGAACCCAUCACUUCCUGAAGUCCAUUCCCCUUUCCUCUCCUCCCUGUCCUCCUCCUCCUCUUCCC